ACCCUGCGGGAAUAUUUGAACUGGUGCAGGUUGUUGGAAAUGGGACAUACGGACAAGUCUAUAAGGGUCGCCACGUGAAGACUGGGCAGCUGGCAGCAAUCAAAGUGAUGAAUGUUACGGAGAAUGAAGAGGAGGAAAUCAAGCUUGAGAUAAACAUGCUAAAAAAGUACUCCCAUCACCGGAAUAUUGCUACAUAUUAUGGUGCAUUUGUAAAGAAAAGUCCUGCAGGCCAAGAUGAUCAGCUCUGGUUGGUGAUGGAGUACUGUGGUGCGGGCUCUGUCACUGACCUGGUAAAGAAGACAAAAGGGAACUGUUUCAAGGAAGAUUGGAUUGCGUACAUCUGCAGAGAGGUUCUCAGGGGCUUGGCACAUCUUCAUGCUCACCAUGUCAUCCAUCGAGAUAUUAAAGGACAGAAUGUUCUUCUCACAGAAAAUGCAGAAGUAAAACUGGUGGAUUUUGGUGUAAGUGCUCAACUGGAUAGGACUAUUGGGAGAAGAAACACAUUUAUUGGCACACCGUAUUGGAUGGCGCCUGAGGUCAUUGCUUGCGAGGAGAACCCAGACUCUACGUAUGAUUACAGAAGUGACCUAUGGUCUCUGGGAAUCACCGCUAUUGAAAUGGCUGAAGGAGCUCCUCCCCUGUGCGACAUGCACCCCAUGAGAGCGCUCUUCCUCAUCCCACGGAACCCACCUCCAAAGUUGAAAUCCAGAAAAUGGUCAAAGAAAUUCCUCAACUUUGUUGAAAGCUGCCUUGUAAAAAAUUAUUUGCAUCGCCCAUCCACUGAAACCUUGCUUAAGCAUUCUUUCAUCCGAGACAUGCAGAAUGAACGGCAAGUGCGCAUCAUGCUGAAAGACCACCUGGACAGGACCAGGAAGAAAAAAGGAGAAAAGGAAGAAACGGACUAUGAUUACAGUGGAAGUGAGGAGGAAGAUGAUGAGCUGAAUGAAGAUGAAGGAGAACCAAGCUCCAUAGUUAAUCUCCCGGGGGAGUCAACUCUGCGUCGUGAAUUUCUGAGGCUGCAGCAGGAGAACAAAAACCGUUCUGACCCUCAUCGCCAGCAGCAGCAGCUGAAGGACCAGGAGAAAUACAAGAAGCAGCUGCUGACAGAGCGGCAGAAACGGAUUGACCAGCAGAAAGAGCAGAGGAGGCGGCUGGAAGAUCAUCAGAGGCGAGAGCAAGAGCUACGAAGGCAGCAGGAGUGUGAGCAGAGGUGGGCAGAGGUUAAGGCCAUUCAGAGGAAAGAGGAGAGGUGUAAAGAAGACAAAAGGGCUGUGGAAGAUGAACGGUUCAUAGUAGAUGGACAGAGGAAAUCAGAAAAGAAGCAGAAAAAAGUGGAAGACGUGCAGCACAAUAGGAGGGUGCAUCGAACUCUCCCCAAAGAUCAGACACAGCUGCUGUCUCUCCAGCAUGACCACAAGCAGAAGAAGAAGGAACCUUCCAAGAGUUCAAAUUCAGCAGGGCAUCCUCCAUCAAGCAGCACAAGCAAAGAGGCCGAGGACCAAAAAAAGAAAAGUGACAGCAUCCAACCUUCCCUCCAGUGGCCAGCGGUGCUGGGGCAUGAAGCCACGCCGCACACCAGGAUGGGAUCGGGCAGCAGCUCCAGCCCUUGCACCCCCGCGCCGCAGAGAGCCAUGUUAGUACAGUGUGAAAAUUUCCGGGCUAGUAAGGAUGUGUACCACAGCAGUUCGCUGUCAGAUAUGGUGACGACACCGCUCAGCCCUGUGCAGGAUGACGUAUUCUGGAGUGUGAGUCAAAACGAAGAACAACCCCCAAAGGUUCCAGAAAGGACAACCUCUAAAUUUUACAGCAGGGAUCAGCCGGGCCAUCAGAGAUGCCUUUCAAGUACCACUCAUCAGUCAUCCCCCGGGGGACAUGCUCUGAAGCUGAACAGCAGCAGCAGCGCUCCUGGCAAUAAGCAGUGGGAGAUGGGAUCUCAUCAGAGCAGCCGGUCAACCUCAGGGAAUCCAGGACCAGCCAAGGCAGAGAACGCUUUGUCGCAGAACCACUUCCAGCUGCAUAAGAAGUCUGAAAAAGUUUCUCAUCCAGGCCAGGUUGCAAAUCCAGGCUCCUUUGCCAAGGGGAGGGACGGUGCCAGCUCAUUCUUAAAAGCAGCAGACUAUUCCUCAUCCAGUGACGAAGCUGGCAGUAGUGAUGAAGAUGACAUGAACCACACAAGGCAACUGCUAAGCAGCAGAGUGGCAGAUUUCUCAAGGACGAGAGUACCAGAUGGAAUUGAACUGAAACCCCAAAGCACUGUUGCAGAACAGAAGGACCAGAUUUUAGGGAAGCAAAUUUCUAGCACCCAAGAGGGCGUCUGGAGUGUAAACAACCAGAACUAUCUCCUGCCAGAUCUCCUCCAGCAAAGCCAAAUUUCAGACUCCUCUGUGAACCCACCAAAAGUGCCACUGACUAGCCAGGAACCUCAGAACAAACCUCUGAAUAAGACCCCGUGCACUGAAAGCACACCUUCAAAGAGCAGUACGUCAUCUACGACAUCGUUUACUUCAUUCAUAGAUCCUAGACUUCUGCCAAUCACCCCUCCCACCAGUCCAGUAGGACCUUCCUGUAGUUCUCCAUCUAGUGCAAAACCUGAGCCUGUCAGGAGAGAAAAUGCAAGGAAGGGCUCCGUUGUCAACGUCAACCCAACGAAUAUCCGCCCACAGAGUGACAGUCCGGAAAUUCGUAAAUACAAGAAGAAAUUUAACUCGGAGGUCCUUUGUGCUGCUUUGUGGGGAGUAAAUUUACUGGUGGGAACAGAGAAUGGGCUGUGGCUGCUGGACAGAAGUGGGCAAGGAAGAGUUUAUUCGCUGAUUACAAGGAGGCGAUUCCAGCAAAUGGAUGUUCUGGAAGGACUCAAUGUGCUAAUUACUAUAUCAGGCAAGAAGAAUAAGUUGAGGGUAUACUACUUAUCAUGGCUGAGAAAUAAAAUUUUGCGCAAUGAUCCAGAGGUGGAGAAACGGCAAGGCUGGGUGUCUGUGGGCGACCUGGAAGGCUGCGUACACUACAAAGUUGUAAAAUAUGAGAGAAUCAAAUUCCUUGUAAUUGCUUUGAAAAACUCAGUGGAGGUUUAUGCUUGGGCUCCAAAGCCUUAUCACAAAUUCAUGGCUUUUAAGUCCUUCACCUCACUUCAUCACAAACCACUGUCAGUUGACCUGACUGUUGAAAAUGGACAAAGAUUAAAAGUUGUAUACGGCUCACUAGUAGGCUUUCAUGCUAUUGAUGUGGACUCUGGAUCUGUGUAUGACCUGUACCUUCUAACACACAUCCAGGGGACUAUUCGCCCACAUGCCAUUAUCAUCCUCCCGAAUACCAGCGGAAUGGAGCUUUUACUCACCUAUGAAGAUGAAGGCAUCUACAUUGAUAUAUACGGGCAUUUCACAAAGGAAACUGUUUUACAGUGGGGAGAAAUGCCAGCAUCUGUAGCUUACCUUCAAUCUAAUCAGGUCAUGGGCUGGGGAGAGAAGGCAAUUGAACUACGCUCUGUGGAAACGGGAAAUCUGGAAGGAGUAUUUAUGCACAAGAAAGCACAGAAGCUAAAAUUUCUGUGUGAAAGAAAUGACAAGGUGUUCUUUGCAUCUGUACAGUCAGGAGGCAGCAGUCAAAUAUACUUUAUGACUCUUGGUCAAAACGUACUGUUCAACUGGUAAAUCACAUCAAAAUGAAGGAUGCUUUGAAAUUCCCUGUAGGUAGCAGUGUAAAAUGCUUGGAGGUAAUAUACACAAAUUUGCACUUUUUACCUACAAAAAUUUUGUUGUUAUUAACUUAUCAAAAUUCAUAUUCUUUCAGUUUGGAAAGAAUUCUAUUUUCCUGUCAAAGUAUUGCAAACAUGUUUAGUUUGUGUUCUAAAAUAUGUUGCAAACCAAGAUUGUACUCACAGUGUUAGGAGAAAACUUUAAUGAAGAAUGUAGCCAAUAUAAGAAGCUCCUGUACUCUGAAAAGUGCAUAGUUUCAUUUUCACAGAUGAUACAAUGUUGUUAUUUUGAACUGAAGUCUCUUUUUUGGACAGCAACAUCUGUAAGUAGACAUAAAAACACAAACACGUUGGGGUGGCAAAUUGGAAUCUAUUUUGAAUUGAGUUUUGGCUUGUCUUGCAUUUUAAGCAAGCUGUUCCUGUUUCACUAAGGCUCCCUUGUCCAAGUCGUAUGAUCAGUGAAAGAGCACCCGUUGAUGAUGGGGCCUAACGCAGCCUGGGAUGCUUGAGGGCUCAUACGCUACGUUAGGUAGAGGUGCAUUUCACUGCAGAACUGUAAAAGCAGCUACUUGUAGACAUGUGCCCCAUCAGGUAGAUUUUACAAAACACAGGGGACAGACUUCAUGUUUCUCUCAGGGCUGGACGCCUGAGCCCAUAGACACAGUUACUGUAGAAUGUAUUUGUAAAAAUAGUUUAAAUAGUAGUUUGUCAAAAUCAUAUAUGCAUAAAGCAUUAUGGACCUGAACCUGUAACUUCAGACACGCGACCCACGCUCAUCUGAGCUGAUUUAAAGGCACUACCCAUGUAUAUAAGGGCACAGGAUGAGGCACCUUCUUUUCUUCCCUUCUUUCUCUUCCAGCAUAAAGUCGUCAUGUAUUUGUGUGUAAAUAUAAUCUUUCCACAAUGGAUGUUAAGAUUAACAAAUAUAUUCUUAAUAUAGUUACAAAAAUAUCCAAAGAGUUAAUCUAUUAUAAAUAGAAAAUACAAAUAAUUUCAGGUGCUUUCUGUGCUAAUCACAUCUAAAUAAAGCUGCAUCCACUAGU